CACGGACUGGGGGUCGGCUAGCUAUAUAUCCGGAAGACUUUUUUCCAUGGUUAUUAAACGCGGAGUAAUAUGGCUUGUUUUACAUUAUUUUAAUAUUUAAUUAUCGGCUGAGCAUAUUGACUUCAGUUUGUGUUCUCAUUGAAAGCCCAUUUAUACCAGAGGAUCCUCAAUGAGGAAACAGCGCAAAAAAUAGUAGUAGAAGUCCCGAGUGGCAAGAGCAACAGCUUCUCUUUACCGUUCAUUACAGAGCCUACGAGCAAAGGUGCAAAGAAAAGGCAACACUCGCCAGAAGCGUGGACAGUGGACACAGUAGGUCUAUGAGACGGUGAAUCAUGAGAUUAACAGGCCCCCUCAGAGCUGUGGCUGUGUUGCUGUUGGUGGGGCUCACCUGGCUGCUGGCAAACACCUUCUUUGGAGGGGAGAGUGGUUCAUCUGUGCGGCAUUUCUUCGGCAGUGCAAGCAAAGAACCAACACCUGCUGAACCCCGGCCUCGAAGGUAUAAAUGUGGACUUUCAGCUCCCUGUCCCCCAAAACAUUUGGCUUUCCGCCUGGUGUCUGGUGCUGCCAAUGUCAUUGGGCCCAAAAUCUGCCUGGAAGACAAGAUGUUAGUGAGCAGUGUGAAGAACAACGUUGGCAGAGGACUAAACAUAGCUUUGGUGAAUGGUGUGACAGGAGAGCUCUUGGACACAAAGAAUUUUGAUACGUGGGCAGGAGAUAUUUCUGAGCUGUUGAAGUUUCUCCGGCCGCUCCAUGAAGGAACACUCGUGUUUGUGGCUUCCUUUGAUGAUGCAGCUACAAAGUUGAAUGAGGAGUCUCGCCGACUGUUUGAGGAGCUUGGGAGCACGGCAGUGAAGGAGCUGGCCUUUCGAGACAGCUGGGUGUUUGUUGGAGCAAAGGGCAUUGAGAAUAAGAGUCCCUUUGAGCAGCGAAUGAAGAACAGUAAGAGCAGCAACAAGUAUGAAGGUUGGCCCGAGUCUCUGGAGAUGGAUGGCUGUAUUCCUCUGCGGCCACCCCUGGAAGCAUAAUACGGUCCGAUACUCUUACGUACAGUACAUCAAGACCUGGAGUGGCAGGAGUGCAUCCAAAUGACUUUUUAAAAAGCUGCUGAAUAACUGAAACCAUCAAAGAUCUGGGCCACAAAUGGCGUUUUUAUUUAUCCUCUUGUGGCAGAGGCAUAAAUUGACUGGUAGGACUUGAUACAGAUAGAUAUUUAAAAUUGCUGGAACUUCUUAUGGAGGAUUGGUGCAUUAAGCUAUGUGAGCCACUUUUGAGUGGAAGUAAUGUUGUAGAAACAAGAAAAAUGUUUGUGUCAGGUUAUGGGGAACUUAAGAGGCCAAAUGUUUGAUGACCCAAGUAUAAAAGCAAUUAGUGAAGAAAUACAGCUGGAGUAGGUUUUCCAAAGUCAAUGUAUGAAAUGGACAUUUCCUCUCUGCUAGCCUGUCUGUUUGGUGUCAAUAUUCUGCGCAGGAUAUUUGAUGUUCAGCAGGCAAAAGACACGCCUAACUGGGUUCACAUUAAGGUAUUUGGAAACCUAAUCCACAUCAGCAUAAUAACAUUUGAGGUAUACUACUAGUUGUGUCCUACUAAGCGCAAGUGUAGGCAGAUUUUUAUAUUUAAAUCGUUAAUAUCCUGUGAUACAUAUUUCAGUGAUCUUGUUAUCCCUAGUUUCGGCUCCCAUUGUUUCCUUAGAACUUGACACACUGCAGUUAUUGCUUGCCACAUGUUUACAAUUUCUUCAAAUAAAAUAGGCCUAGGUCAUUUUCCUCUGUUACAACUAUUUAUUUAAACACUUUAUUAGAAAACCGAUUCAUGGUGUUCGUUCAUCAUAGCAGCACCCAUGGUUUUAAUGUUUCUCAGGCCUGCAAGAAUCUUUCAACUGAGUGCUUUAAAGAUUUGACCUAAAUGUGUGGUUGUGUGUAUUUUUUUUUUUUGUUUAAUGUAUCCACCUGGCAUCUUGCAAGCCUAACAAUGAAGGACAUGUAAAGAAAUAAAAAUGAUUUAAAAAAUAUGGUUAGAAGUCAAUUUUAGCUGCUUUUGUCUGAAUAAUGUAAUGUUAACUCUAAAUGUAAAUAUUUUCUACAAAGCAUCACAGUCUGUCUUUAUAUUGUGACUACAAUGCUGAUAAAUAAAAUUGUCCGCAUAUU